AAUGAAUCUUAAAAAGAAGUUCUUGCUCCUCAUAAUAUCUGCUGCUGUUCCUUUAUGUCUCUCCGAUCACAGUCUACAAGAAAUUACGUCGUAUGAGGACAGAACUGUUACUCUUUCCUAUUACUUCCAUGACCCCGCAAAUGUGAACGAAUGUACAUAUAGUUUAACGUUUGAUACUGUGUUAUUUAACAACAAUGGUACAUUUAUAACAUCGGACAUAUACACACCUGACAAGCAGCAAAGAUCUCGUUUGAACGCAAAACGUAUAUUUCAGUCUUUUCAAGUAACUUUAGAAUUGAACAAUAUCAAUAAGUCUGACGCGGGCGUAUAUGGAUGUUAUUUCCAGUGCGGGGUGACUGAAAGCUCUCAAAGUUAUUUGCUUCAGAUAUACCAUCCACCUAAACCAGCCGAUUGCAACUGGGUUAGCACUGCAGAAGAUCCGUCUCUAGAUCUUGGGCAGUAUAAUCUUUCCAUUCUGUUUUGCAGCGCCACUAAUGGGCACCCGACAUCAGCAAUUAUAUGCUUCUCUCAACACAAUCAAAUAACAUCAGUACACGCACCAAAGCAACUAACUGGAGUUGAAGUUAUUGAAGCAAAGUUUUGGCUUUCAAGAGAUGUACAUAUAAGAUGCUGUUCUAUGUAUCCACUCUACCAGAAAAACUGGGAUUCAUGCAAGGAUUAUGAGACUAUUUCCCCUAGUCACCUACCAACGCCUGUUUCAGAUAGUGGUCUUAUCAAAGAGGUAAAUGAUAUCAAAACUGCUACUACGGAACCAUUUCCUGAAAAAGUGACGAUAAGUCCAAUUGUCAAAUUUGGAACGAAUAAUUCUUCUGGAAUAGCUUCUAGAGCGAUAUUUUCAAUUGCUCACGCAAUCCUUGUUUUGCCGGUACUUAUUGCUUUAUUAGGGAUUGUUUUUGAUUUCAGCAGCAUAUGAACUUUCAAUAUGAGCAGAAUUAUUCCAAGAUUAUGCAUCUACAUUGUAAUCCAUAUCAUUGUAUAUAUUCAAGGCAAAUUACCCAUCGUCGAAUCCAGAAACCUAAUAAGUUUAAAGGAAGGUGAGGCUGCAGAUCUAUCAUUUCAAUAUGAUUUUGUACCAGACGUAGAUAUUCAGAUUAGAAUUGGUAGUCGUCUUCCUUUUUAUAGACAUAAACCAGUCGGUAAUAUUGAUACCACCGGAUUAAGUGGGAGUCAGGCAGAAAGGUUCGAUGUGAUAAUAACCGAACCUGUACCAAAUUAUAUGAUUGUGGUCCAUGUGCUUAUUACAGAAGUUCAUAGAGAAGAUGCCGGCACAUUUACAUGUGCAAUGUAUAAAGAUGGUGAAAUAUUAAGUGAUCAUGUUAAGAGAAUAGGAGUAACUGUAGAGCGCCCACACGGUAAGGCAAGAUGUAGACAUGAUAAUCAUUUUAUUGAUUCCAGUAAUUCAGUUUGGGCACAUAUGAAAUGUUUCUCUUUAAUAGGAAGUGAGUCUCCCCAUGGUCAGGUCGAAUGCUACCAAAGUGGUGAACGGGUUCCCCCAUGGUCAAGGCCAAUUCUGAACGAAACUCACUUGAUGCAGGUUGUCUGGAUGAAAAAGACAACCCGUAUCUUUUGUUGUACAUCUAACAUCAAAGAGCCAAAAGGGAGAUGCAAAUGUAACGAUUAUAUUUGGGACCCUACGGCUAAAAGAGAAAUGCCUAGUGGUCUGAGGCCAUGUUCUUCGGGUAUAACAGAAACUAUUUCCUCAUCGAAUCAAAAUAAUCAAAAUACGAUUACUCCCACAAUUCAGUACAAUGCAGAAACAGAAAACGAAGAUAGUGAUAUAAAUCGUUACGCAUCUGAACUAAGUUUGAUACCUUUUAUUCUAAUCAUCGUUUGUUUGAUCCUAUUUGUUCAAGUGAUAGAAUUUCUGAAGAGAACAUAUCGAUCUUGGAAAUGGAUUGUGCAAAGCCCCUCAAGCUUAGGUGACAGCAGUAAAGGGGAAUCGAAUAUUCAAGAUAAUAAUCGUAAUGAACGUGCAGAAAUGGACGAGCCAAUUGUUAAAAAUAGGAAGAAAUAUGCAAAAAAAUAGACUUGUUCUUCAUUAUGCAGGUCAAUGGCGUGGGUUCAAGAGUGGGGGGGGGGGGUUAGCAAAAAUGACAAUGGCCCUUUGAAUAUUAAAGUAUACUUCGUGAUGGCUCAGUCACACAUACCAUUAAGAACCGGUACGAACACCGAACGAACGAAUGAAUGCCGUCGAAACCAGCGUUCUUAUUUAUAUUUAUUUAUUUUGUUUUAUUUAUUUUAUACUGCAGGGUAGGCCUGUUCAGUUCUUAAAACUGCUUUACAAAGGCGCCCUGCAGUUUAAAAUACAUGUCAAGAUAACUAUGAACAACAUCAACAAAC